AUGGGAAAGCGCAAGAGCGACGUCGUAGAUCCCGACGUGGAAGAGGUCUCCAAGAAGAUCAAGACGACUUCGGUGUCGCGACCAUCGAGCGCAGGUGAGUGCCGCACUUCUUCUUUUCUUGAUGCAGGUCGCCGAAGGGGACGGGAUGCAGCAGCAGCGCUAUCGAUAACAUCAGCCACAUCUCACCAGCCACACCAGCCCCACCUCUUACCUUACCUACCAGUGCUUCCACCACCUCUUCCUUCUAGUUUCCCUUCGCUUCACUACCCUCACUUCUUCCUUCCGCCUUUCCCUUCCUCCUACAACUCCUUGGCCACAUCGCACCGCACACUGUUCGAUGUAUCGCCCGCGAUAGCACCAGGACAAUCUGAGCCAGCCACUUACCGAGCACGCGAACACUCGCCGAAUCUCGAGAUCAUUCCGCACAAGAGCUGUAUCUGACAAUGCCUGCAGCAUAUACACCUCAGCAGAAGAACUGCAUCAACGAGUUCGUCGGUGUCACGCAGACGGACAAGACCACGGCGGCGAGGUUGCUGAAACAGCACAACUGGGCAACCGGAGCUGCCAUCAAUACGUAAGUACAUGGCUCCUACUUUCGAUGGGCAAGAGCAGUAUCAACGGCAGCAACAACAAGGGCUGGAGGGACACCUGAUGAACUGCUGUAUACCGCGUAUAGAAGUGGGCAAAGAAUAGAGCUGCAAGGGCAGUACAGGGAUACUUGUGUUUGACUCUCGGAUAACCCCGCUGGAGCUCUUGUGUCGCCGAGUCCGGGUUGAUAAGCAAGCAUGAAUGGGUUCUAUAAUCUUGCAGCUAACAUGGACUUCUUUCACAGCUUCUUUGCCAACCAAAGCGGUGCACCGAACCCCAAUCGCGCGCCGCUCAACCGCAUCUUCGACAACUACCGCGAAAAUGCGAACGAAGAGCCGGACCAGAUUGGUAUGGAGGGCACCGCGAAGCUAGCAGAGGAUCUCAACGUCAAUCUGGAGGACAUCGGCGCUCUCGUUCUGUUCGAGAUUGUGCAGUCGCCGUCGCUUGGUUUGUUGACGCGGGAGGGUUUCGUCGAUGGUUGGAUUGAGUUCGGUGUGGAUUCACUGGCAAAGAUGCGCAACGCCGUACUCCAGCGGCGAUCACAACUCGCAGCCGACCGCGAGCUCUUCAAAAGCGUCUACAACCACACCUUCUCUCUGGCUCUUGCAGAGCGACAGAAGGCCCUUGCGCCCGAUACUGCGUUUGACUUCUGGCAAGUGCUCUUCGGUCCAACAGGUCUGGAGUGGCGGACGGCUCAGACCAACUGGCUGGAGAAGUGGAAGGAGUUCUACACCACGAAGAUCAACAAGGCAGUCAACAAGGAUCUCUGGAAGCAGACACUCACGUUCGCACUCGAGACGCUGAAGGAUGACUCGCUGAGCUUCUGGACGGAGGAGAGCAGCUGGCCAAGCGUCAUUGACGAAUUCGUGGAGUGGAUGAAGGAGGAUCGUGCGGCCAACGGAGAGGAUCGGAUGCAGAUUCCUUAA